AUGAGCACCUUCGGCCAGCCCGGCGGAGGGCAGAAAGUCAGCAAACCCACACCGCCGGAACGUGGCUCCUUUCCUCUGGACCACGAUGGAGAAUGCAAGUCCGUCAUGCUAUCGUACCUUCAAUGCAUCCGAUCCCAUCGCGGGACCAACGACCCUGAAUGUCGCAAUCGAGCAAAAGCAUACCUGAGCUGCCGGAUGGAACAGUAUGUACCAUCUCUCGUCUUUCUCAUACCUCUUCGCCAUCCGCUCUCCUCAAUGUCUCAUAAGCCAUCGCCUAUUCUGGUUAGGGGGGACCUAAUCUUGUGA